AUCAAAAAGUUAAGACGAUAACAAUGAGACAAUUAUUGAUUAUUGCAAUUAUUGUAACGUUGGCUGCCAUUGCUUGGGCCGGUAUUGUUGAAUUAAAUAGCGAAGACACGGCAGAGCAUCUGCGUGUAGCAAGAAACCCUGACCCAAAAGGCAGCUAUGGACACGGGAGUCGAGGUGGAUAUGGACAUGGAGGCUAUAGACAUGGAGGCUAUGGACAUGGAAGUUAUAAGUAUGCAAGUUAUGGACACAGAGGCGGCCAUGGACUAGGUGGAUAUGGGGGACACAAAGGGUAUUGGGGCCGAUAAAGCAAAAUUCUCUGAAGUUAAACAAAGAUAAUUCAAAAUGUUUUAUUAUAAUUUAAAAUUAAU